AAAGUAAUGUCUGAUAUUGACAGUAUUUUCAUGUACUUUGCAAACGUGUAGAAAAGCUUAAAAAGAUAAUAAAUAUAUAAGAAAAGGGGGAAGGAAAAGGAUUCGUCGUAAUGCAUUGUAUCGUAGUAUACCUAAUAAUCUAAAAUGGUCUAGUUAUUAAUAUUCGAUAGCCAAAAAUGCUUUAAUUGAUAUCAAAACGCCCCUCAUACAGCUGUCAAUCCGUCGCGUCAAAUCGUCGCGCUCAGUCGCUCAUGUCAAUCUUAGAAUUCUUAGAUUUGUUUGUUAUCUGGUGAAGAAUCACAACCACACUUGACACUCGCUUAAUUAUUCGUUUACUCUUCCUAAUUCGUUGAAAUCUACAUUCACAAUUUUUUUUUUUAACCUUUAAUCGGUAUUCGCAAGACGGUUCGUUUAGUUGAGGCGUAAUGGACGUGAUAAAUUCCUGUCGCUGUUGCCUCCAGGGUCGUCCGUACAAGGACAUGGUGACGCCGUAUACACAUCUCGGCAAAACGGAGAUAUAUUCCGUUAUGUUGAAAGACUGCUUCGAUCUACAUUUAACACUGGAUGCAAAUAUCUCAAGAGGGAUUUGCCUGAUGUGUGUGAGCCGUCUGCGAGAUGCAAGUGACUUCAAGCUACUAGUGCAACGUAGCCAGACAGAGCUCCAGGAAGCGUUGCUGGUUAAAGAUGAAGACAAUCUAGUCAAGUCAGAGCCGCCUGAUGAUGAGAUGAUGGCUGACUUGUCAGAGACAGAUGAAGACUCUAUAGUCAGGUCAGAGCCGCCUGAUGAUGAGAUGAAGGCUGAUUUGUCAGAGACAGACGUCGAGCGGUCCCCUUUCGAGUUUGCCAUGGCCAGUUCUAGUAGAGAGAAAUCAUACGACCGUGAAGAAUGUAACAAGGAUUUCAAAAAUAAGGCUGCCUUAGAGAAGCUCUUGAAAAAAACGCAUUUAUUAUCCGGAACUUCAUGUGAUUCAACAGUGACCCAGGAAAAUAAUAAUAGUGAUCCUUGUGGUUCCAAAAUCUAUAAGAUUAAGAAAAAAGAACAUGGUGUUGAGAAUUUGACGCGGAAGGCAAAUUUAAAACGCCGUGAAGUACAAACCCUUCUAUAUUGUAAUCAUUGCAGUUACACCAGUCCGUAUGAAAGUAGAAUACUCCGACAUCAAACGAUACACACAGUAAAAACCCUUUUAAAUUGUAAUCAUUGCAGUUACACAAGUACAAUUAAAGGAAGAAUGCUUCAACAUCAAAGGAUACACACAGAUGAAAAGCCUUAUAUGUGUGACAGUUGUGCUUAUCGGUGUAGUUCAAAAAAACACUUGCAAUCUCAUUUGAUGAUACACACUGACGAAAAGCCAUUUAGCUGUAGCAUUUGUGACUAUAAAGGUAGACGGAAAACGGAAUUACGACUACAUGAGAUGACACAUAGCGGUGAAAAACCUUAUCAAUGCAGUCAAUGUGAUUACAAGUGUAAUAUGAAAUCACAUUUAAAAAGACACGAGGGUACACAUUCUGGAAAUGAAAGUAAAUCCAAUAAAUGUACUCAUUGUGACUAUCAAACUAAUGAAAAGUCACAUUUUAAACGUCACCUUAGGAUACAUACAGGUGAAAUGCCUUUUAAAUGUGACUUAUGCGAUUAUCAGUGUCGGGCAAAAACCUACUUAAAUUUUCACCAGAUGAAACAUAGGGGGGAAAAGCCUCAUAAAUGUAGCUAUUGUGACUAUAGGUGCGCUCGGAAAUCAGAUUUACCGGCUCACCAGCGUAUACACACUGGUGAAAAGCCUUACAAGUGUGAUCACUGCAGCUAUGCAAGUCGGCAGAAACAUGUUUUAGUUGGACAUAUAAAAUCUAAACAUUCUGGUAAAAAAUGAGACGCUUUACAAGUGCAGUAACUAAAGCUACGCGAGUAGGAUAAAAGCAUGUUUUACAUGUGCAAUGUCGAAUCAUCCUGAUGGAAAACCUUCGGGUAGUGCUCGGAGACUUAGAGGGAGGGCAAAAUAAGUAAGCAUGUGUGCUCCAUAGAUCAGUUUUCUUACCAAAACGCUUAUUAUUUCCGUAGUUGACAUAUAGCGUCAAGUAGUGAAUUUAUCAGUACCGAUACCUGACACUAGAUGUCAUAAGUGUCGCGACUGACGAAGGUGUGCUCAGCAAUUUACAACUAAUAUUACAAGCUGAGGGAGUUAAAAAUAGAGUUCCGGUUAAUCCGGUUAUAAUAUUAGCUGAAAAUUGUUGAGGAUUAGACUUCAUUCGUCGCGACAUCUUUUGUCAAGUAGCAGUACUGAUAAAUCCGCUACUUGACGCUAGAUGUCUACGAAAAUAAUAAGCGUUUGGUAAGAAAACUGACGUAUGGAGUGAGCACUCUACGCUUACUUAUUUCUCUAUGGUAAUAGUAAGCAUGAUACUACAGAGUUUCGAUAUUAGGAGAACGAUUACGGUUUACGCGUAGUUAUUUUUAUACUUAAAAUAAAUUAUAGCAUAACAGUGACUGUACCUAAUAAAAAUAAGUUUAUAUGUUAAAUGUAUCUCUAAAAUUUGGUGUAUAUUUUACUACGUUUUGUUCGUAUUUCCAAGUAUAAACAGCGAAAAGUAAAUAGAGAAGACUGUCUUCCUACAAUACUGCGUGCUCAUUAUUAUCAUCAACCUUUUAAUCGCUUACAAUAUUUCAUCAAGCGUGCUCGUGUCGCAGCAGGUACGAAGUUACAGGAAGUUGUGUCUUAUUUGUCAGACUGCGGCAAAAUUGAAUUGAAUUGAAAUCAUUUUAUUUCGAGCAAAAAACUCAUAUAGUGUUCGUACAUACAAUAAUUAUUAUUUAUCUAUCUAUGUAUCUAAGUUAGUGUACAAUAUAAACAAAACAAUAAAUACCUAAAGCUAAUUAAUAUAAUCUAUUUCGAUGAUGCGUUGGGCCGUUGGGUUAAUGCAGUUGGUUCCAACGCCUCAUCAAUGGGCAGUCCACUCUAACGACAAAUGCGUUUAGGAGACUGUUGGUGCUACCCUGCAAACUAUGCAAUAGGGAUACCGCUCUUUUACGCAUAAUACCGUAAAAGUCAUCCGUACGGGCAUCGGCGAACAUCCCCGACGCACUGCAGUACCGAGGCAGACCCAUCAGUAUCCUAAACGCAAUAUUAUAUUGCACACGCAGGGCUUUGUACGAUCGCUGCGAGAAGCUGGUCCACAGGCUGCAAGCAUAAAGAAGACUGACAAUAAGCUUUAAAAAGUGUAACCUUUACGUCAUUGCUACACUUUGCAAACCUGCGCACCAGCAUAUUGCAUCUGACCGUCAACGCUCUGCGCUCUCGUUCCAAAUCAGGAUCGUCAUUAAGGCUUUCGGUGAGCCAUUGACCCAGGCACUUAAACCGCUCUACUCUCCUCAGAGCGGCACCAUUUAACUCAACCCUAGGAACUUCCUCUAGUUUCUUGUUGCCAGCCCUGAAGAUGAGUAGUUCACUUUUUGUAGUGUUAUACCUGAGCCCAUGUCUCUCCGCAUAAUGCUCACAUAUGUUUAGGAGCUUCCUGAGCGCUCUGAUUGAGGGAGCCAGCAGCACUAUAUCAUCAGCGUAACUUAUGUUGUGAAAUGAGCUGGAUAGUAUGUCUUAAAAUCAGACUACGGCGGUUAAAAGCAUAAAAUUUUAGGGUAUGUAGAUGUUCCGAAUAAUUUUAAUUUGACGUUUAUUUAAGAGUCAAACUCCCAUAAAAUCGGACCGAAGAAUAAAAUAAAAUAAAAUCGAUGUAGUGAAAAUACAGCCCAACCGAAGUCCGAACCACGUGACAUGUGAAACGUCACAUAUGAAAUAAAUAAAUAAUAUUCAUAUUAUAGGGACAUUCUUACACAAAUUGAUAAUGUUCCAAUGUACACUCAAGAAGACUUGUGUUGUGGGUUGGGUACUCGGACAACGAUA